UCAAUAGCUCAAACUUGCUGCAGACGCCCAGUUAAGAAUCAAGGCCUCUCCAAGUCCAAACAACAUGUUCACCAAGGACGUGCCUCUACUGAAAACUACAUCACCUACCCGUCCAACCUAUGUUCCACCACCAGGUGGCUCAGCAUCGCCUUCUGACGAUGUGAUGCAUACUAAAGAUGUGCCUGGACCGAAAAAUUCUGACGCCGGGAAGAAAGUUGUGACACCACAUAACGCACCUGCACAGCCGGCAGAGGCAUCUUCUACUGGUGCAGCAGCUAAAGCUACAAGUCAUUCCACACCGCCGCUGAAGGUAUCAAGCAGCACAAAACAAAACAAGCCAACCUAGGCAAGGUUCCAAAUUAUUCUCAGCGGUGAAUUCAGGAUUCACAUAUAUAUUUUAAUCCUCUCAUGUGGAUGGAUCAAGAAGAAGAACGAGGUGAUACGUAUACUGAAGACACUAAUAGUGUGUAAGAAGUUAAGAGGUGGAACAGAAAUAUGUAUCAAUCUAUUGCAUGUUUAUAGUUUGUACUUCCUUUGGUGGAUUUGUUCACUGACUUAAGUUGGUAUGUUGGUAUUGUAUUGAUUUCACAUGUAUUAAUAAAUUUGGAUUGUACUAAGUUUAUCUUCUUUUUUG